UCCUUUCCCCUGCUGUGGGCUCAUAAGGCUGCUGUGUUUCAAUAACGUCACAGCGGUGCAGGUUGACUGUGUGGUCCAGGUUGUAACGAUAGAGCCUUGGGCACACACAGCUAAAGGUUUCCUUCCGAGGAAGGUGAAACUGCGCACGCUCAGUCGUGCGUGUGGAGUCUCAGAUUCUGAAGCUGACUCCAAGGCGUCUACGUUGAUGACGUAAGAGUGGUUAUUUGUUCGGAACCAGCGUAGAAAUGGGCAUCGUGUAGAGUCAUGAGCGUGCCGCUCGGGAGAAACGGGUUAGUCGGGCUGGCUGUCGGGGCCACGGCCGGUUUGGGCUUGAUUGCCUUCUUAGUUUACAGGCAGAUCAGCAGGAGGAGGUCCCAGAGCCUUGUGCUGGAGUCCCGGCCAGCGGCCCGGCUAUUCGUCGGGGCGGAUGGAGGAGCGCUGCUGGGGGACACGCUGGAUGCCCAGGAGAUGGAGGCCCAGCAGCAGGCUCUGGCAGCAGUGGAGGCUGUGGUUCAGGGACUUUCCCCAGAGCAGCAACUGGAGCUCAGAAACCAGCUUGACCAAGUGCUAAGCUGCGUGGCGUCUCUACGUUCAGAGGUAGCUGAGCUCAGGGGAGGUCUACAGGACAUUGCCUGGCAGAUCAUUCAGGAUGUCAAAAAGGGAGUGGAGGACAGCCAGCGGGUACGGCGGCGGCGUCAUGCGGUCCACAGAGAGCGCGCCGACUCGUCCAGCUCUACCUACUUCACUGCCAGCCAGGGCAUGGCCAGCACCUGUGGAGAAACCAGUGAAGGGGGGUACUCCACGGCCUAUGCUGAAUCAGACUACACUGAUCGUGACACGGACAGAGAGGAGGGUGAGCAGGAGCCUGAGCAAGAGUCUGAGGAUGAGGACAGGAGCUGUGCCACAGUCCUUACCCUCCGCCAGGAUGUCUCCCAAGAGGAAGAGCUUGAAGAGAGGGGGCUGGAGGAUGAGGAGGAGGAGGAGCUAGUGAGCGAGGUUCCCAGUGGGGAGCUGGCUCUCCUCCUGGCUCAGAGUGACAUCCUCCACACAGGAGAUGCCAGUUUAAAAGCAGAAGGCUUUCGACUACUACUGGACAACAGAGCAGAAUAUGGAGACAGCAGGGAGUUUCUAUGGCGACUGGCUCGAGCCUACAGGGAUAUGUAUGACUCCACUGAAGACAAACAGGAGAAGAAGACCUAUGCACAGCAGGGUCGAGAUGAGGCAGAGCUGGCCCUGAAGAAGAAUGGCCUGAAUGCAGAGUGUCACAAAUGGUUUGCCAUGCUGGCUGGACUGACCUCACAACAUGAGAGCAUGCAUAGCAAGCUGAAGAGUAGCUGCAUAUUGAAGGAGCAUCUGGACCGAGCACUGGCCCUCAGAGAUGAUGACCCCAUGUGUUUCUACCUGCUUGGCAGAUGGUGUUAUCAGGUAGCCACUCUGGACUGGUUGGAAAAGAAGGCAGCUGCUGCCCACUACCAGAGCACCCCCACCUCCACCCUGCAUGACGCCCUUGAGAGCUUCCUCAAGGCAGAGGAGCUCAGUCCAGGUAUCUCCAAGACUGUGAGACUUUACAUUGCCAAGUGUCACAAAGAGCUGGGGAACAUCUCCGAAGCCACAAACUGGGCUGAGCUGGCUCUGAAGAUGCCUAGAAAUACUGACAAUGAUCAAGAAACAUGUGAACUGGAGGCAGAGCUUCAGGUCUUAACUGCCAGGAACAGCUGAGCUGCAGAAAAACUUUCCUUCAUUGAUGGAUGAGUGUGAUUUUUGUCUUCUGUCAUAUUCUUUGCAUCACCAUGUAUUCAAUCUGCUAUAUUUAACAUUCUUCAGCACUUCCCAUCUGAAUUCAACAGGCAUGCCAUGUUUGGUUUUAAAAACAAGUGACUCAAGCUUGAUGACUGAAACUACUAAUCCUGGGACACAUGCAGAGCUUUAAGGGAAGGAGGAAUCUCUGGAAUAAGACCAUUCCAUUCAGUGGUUCUGUACCAUUAUGCUUGUUGUGUAAAGAUCGGACCUUCGGGUGUGAUCAGGUGAAGUGCAUUGGCUUUUAAACCUUAUGGACUCCCUGGUGUAACAUGUAGUUUAAAAUGGACCACUUGUUGUUUGAAGUCUAUGUUGUAAGUGCACGGAGCCCUGUGUGCUCAUCAGUGUGAAGUUGAAUAAUUUUGGACCGUUUAUGUUAUCACAUGUUCAUUUUGCAGUGUCUGCCGUG